GAGGUUACAAAGAAGAAGAAGAAGAAAAAGAAGCGAGGUGGCGGCGACAGGAAAAGGAGGAACAGCUGGGUAGUUGCUGUUUGGUGUUUGCUAAGUAAGGUAUAAGGAAGGAACUGCACUCGUGACGCCCCGGAAUGGCUAAGCUAAGUCUCCAAGUCAUGGCGGUGACGGUGCUGGUGUGUCUGGGCGCGGGGCUACUGGUGGCGGGGCAGGAGGCCGAUCCCACCUUCUCCUCCUCCCUCUGGUCACCCGGACGCAUCACGCAGGUGACGCUGGCGGUGCUUCAGUCCGCCCUGCUCACCUUCAUCCUGCUCUUCCCCGGCAUCAUGGACCCCAUCGUAAAGUUCAUCAACGAGAGUAUCGGCACGGCGGGGUCGAGGCGGCGGCGCGACGUGCAGGCCGUGGUGACUGAACAUGCGGCGGCCCUUCACGGCAUGGUGCUGGAUGCUGUGGACCGCUUCGAGGACAUGGACCAAGCCUUGUCCUCGCCCAUUAUUAGCUAAAGGGAAGGAGACUAAGCUGGAUGUACUAUACGUUGUUGUGGUGGAAGUAUAAAUAAAAUCUUAAUUAUAAUUAGU